UGGUACGUACCCUUUCCUGAAAUCAGACAGAAUAUAUUGAACGCAAAUUGUUCAAAAUAUAUUCCAAGUUAGCCAGUAUCAAACUUUUGACGUGUGGAGGACGAACUUCAACAUUUUUUUUUAAAGACAUUAACAAAGAACAACUACUACAAUGUAUAUUCCUUUCAACCUAUCAAUUGCCAAUGUAUCCACAUUUACCCUAUGCACGUCUUCUAAAUGAAACAGUCGCUUUGACAAUGUCUUGUCCCCAAAUUUACAUAUAUAUAUGCAUCUAACGGGCACGAACAAUUGCAUCACCAAAACUUAGAAAUAUUUCUAAGUUUUCACAGGGGAGAAGUAAGAGCUAGCUCAUCACACGAAAUGAGGGCAAUCACAGCUUUGUUUUUCCUUUUCUGUUUCCUUGUUCCCUCUGCCUUGGCGCAGCUCCGACUUGGGUUCUACGGCCGCUCAUGCCCUCGCGCAGAAUCUAUCGUUGCUAAUGUUGUUGCCAACCGUUUCCGUCGUGACCGCUCCAUUACUGCAGCAUUUCUUCGUAUGCAGUUCCAUGAUUGCUUCGUCAGGGGUUGUGAUGCUUCACUCUUGAUCGACCCAAGACCCGGAAGGCCAUCAGAGAAAAGCACCGGACCAAAUGCAAGCGUGAGAGGAUACGAGGUCAUUGAUGAGGCUAAGAGACAGCUAGAGGCUGCGUGCCCUCGAACAGUCUCAUGCGCAGAUAUUGUAACUCUAGCCACCAGAGACUCGGUCGCAUUAGCUGGUGGUCCAAGGUUCUCAGUACCAACAGGAAGACGUGAUGGAUUAAGGUCAAGCCCCAAUGAUGUGAACUUGCCCGGACCAACAAUUCCGGUUGGCGCAUCUAUCCAGUUAUUUGCAGCUCAAGGUAUGAAUGUGAACGAUAUGGUUACACUUAUUGGUGGUGGCCACAGCGUCGGUACUGCACAUUGCAGUCUCUUCCAGGACAGGCUUGCCGACCCUGCAAUGGACCGCACAUUGAAUGCUAGGUUGAGGAGCACAUGCCGUGCCCCAAAUGACCCAUCAGUGUUCUUGGACCAGGGGACUCCAUUUACCGUGGAUAACGCAAUAUAUGGAGGGAUCCAAAGGCAAAGAGGAAUCUUAAGAAUUGACCAAAACUUGGGUCUCGAUAGAUCAACCCGUGGGAUUGUGUCGAGCUUUGCAUCAAGCAAUGCACUCUUCAGACAGAGAUUUGCUCAGGCAAUGGUGAAAAUGGGCACCAUCAAGGUUCUUACGGGACGUUCUGGUGAGAUCAGGAGAAACUGCAGAGUCUUCAACAACGGGCGUUGAUUCUACACUUUUUUUUUUAUUACUAUUAUUCAUGGAGAGAUCCAGCGGAAUCAUUCAUAUGUUUUGUGUGCUUUUCUUACAAAUCAAAUCGGAAAGUGUGCUUGUUCCGGUAUCAUCUUAUUUACUUUUUCCCUAAAAAUUGAUUCGCGUGUUGCAUUG